GGGGUGAUUGCUGACUUGAAGCUGAAAGGGGACCCGCGGGCAGCUGAGCGGCAGUGCGAGGAAGAGGAGGAUGACACCGAGGUCUCUGGCGAUUUUGGCAGUGGGGCAGAGGGCGGACACCAAUUCUCAGGGAAAGUUGGGGGUGUCCCGGGGCUCGUGGAUGCUGUCCCUGUCACCUCUCGCAUCGGUCCCAAAGGCGAAAAGGGGGAGAAGGGCGAACGGGGUCUGAAAGGGGACUCAGGGACCAGCAGCAUCGUGGGGCCAGGCAGUGUCAAGGGCGAAAAGGGGGAGAAAGGAGAAGUGGGCGUUAAGACCUUCAUUGACAUGGAGGGCUCUGGCUUCGGUGGUGACCUGGAGACCCUGCGGGGUCCGCGGGGUCCCCCAGUGAACCACACGGACCUGCCAGGACUGCCGGGGCUGCCGGGCAGGGAUGGGACCCCCGGGCCCCCAGGGCCAGUGGGUCCUCCUGGAAGAGAUGGGGCGGUGGGGCCGCCGGGGCCCAAAGGAGAGCAGGGUGAUGUGGGUGACCUCGGCCUCCCUGGUGCACCGGGACCCAAGGGCACCAAGGGAGAAACAGGACCAGCAGGACCCCCGGGAGAAAUGGGCUUAGCUGGCCUUCCCGGGCCCAUUGGACCCCGAGGGCCCCCUGGUCCCCCGGGACCCCCGGGACCGCCGGGGCCAAGCUACGAGGCUGGAUUUGGUGACAUGGAGGGCUCAGGGCUGCCGUUCACCAGCUCCCCCGGACCACCUGGACCCGCCGGACCACAGGGGGUGCCAGGACUGCCAGGGAUGAAGGGGGAGGUCGGCAGCCCCGGUCAGCCUGGCUUGCCAGGACCGAAGGGAGAUGCUGGUGUGCCUGGCGUGGAUGGCCGCCCUGGCCUGGAGGGCUUCCCCGGACCCCAGGGAGAGCGAGGCCAAGAUGGUGUGGGGCUGCCCGGCCCCCCUGGUCCACCCGGUCCCCCUGGACAGUUCAUCGCUGUCUCAAGCGAAGACAAGUCACUGGUGGCUUUGCCUGGUCCAGAGGGCAGACAGGGUCAUGCUGGCUUCCCGGGCCCAGUGGGACCAAAAGGAGAUCGGGGCUUGCCUGGUCCCCAGGGCUCCCCAGGCUCGAAGGGGGAGAAGGGGGAGCCCGGUGUCAUCAUCAGCCCUGAUGGGACUGUGGUCACCGCGAAGGUGAAAGGAGAAAAGGGGGAGCCAGGGCUGCGGGGACCGAUGGGACCCUUGGGUCCCCAGGGACGAGCCGGGAUGAAGGGAGAGAUCGGCUUUCCGGGCAGACCCGGACGUCCUGGCAUGAAUGGGCUGAAGGGUGAGAAGGGUGACCCCGCGGAUGUCAGUAGCCUGCUGGGCUUGCGGGGUCCCCCGGGACCCCCAGGUCCUCCAGGGCCGCCCGGGCCGCCUGGCAGCGUAGUCUACGACAGCAACAACGUAAGUAACAACAGAGUCUCCAUGAUGGGGGAAGCUAAGGGCUGGCUGCCAGGCUUCCCCGGUUUCCACCAGUUUCCAGGACAAAAGGGAGAGAAAGGUGAUGCCGGAGCCCCGGGACCCCCAGGUCACUUCCCCUAUGACCUGAGUCACUUUGGUACCAGCCUGCGGGGUCACAAGGGGGAUGCAGGUCCCAAGGGCGAGAAGGGUGAGCCAGGCAGCACCCCCCUCUACGGUCCCAGUGUCACCGGGCUGCCAGGGCCUCCAGGACCUCAGGGCUACCCCGGGCUGCCAGGUCCCAAGGGAGACAGUAUCAUUGGGCCACCGGGGCCUCCCGGACCUCAGGGCCCCCCUGGUAUCGGAUAUGAGGGACGGCAGGGCCCCCCUGGCCCUCCUGGGCCCCCCGGACCACCCUCUUUCCCAGGUCCCCACAGACCAGCUAUCAGCAUCCCUGGCCCUCCCGGACCACCGGGACCCCCUGGACCACCAGGCACCAGUGGGACAUCCUUGGGGCUGCGUGCCCUGCCAACCUACCAAGCGAUGCUGAGUGCCGCACAUGAGCUGCCCGAGGGCAGCCUCGUCUUCCUGACCGACCGGCAAGAGCUCUACGUCCGCUUGCGUGGGGGCUUCCGACGGGUGCUGCUGGAGGAGCACACCCUGAUUCCCAGCUCAGCUCUG